UCGUCUUUCUUUCUCUCAGAAAAAGAAACCAGAGAUAUAUUGAGAAAACAAAACAUGCGCUCUCUCUCCAUUACUGGCUUAGCGUACGGACUGGUUUUUAAUCAGGAAAACCCUAAUUUUCAGGUACACACUGCUUCUUUCAAAAUGUACAUUCAAACCAUCCUUUCUCUCUUCUAUCUCUUGUAAUGCCGACUCUCAAGUCUUAACCUUCACUUUUGUUUUCAUUUGCACAUCUUUUUGACUUCAAACUCUUUUAUGCGUUUACCCAUUUUCAUUUCCAUUAGACCCUACGUUCUAGAACAAAGUUCAACUUAAAUUCCUUUUCUCAAUCUUAUUCGUGUUGCUGUUGUUGUUUUUCUUCACUUUUUGACCUUUGAUCUCUCUCUUUUAAAGAGAGAAGUAAAAUGGUAACAGACUCAUCAGAGCUUGAUACAACAACAACAAAUUCAAGCUCGAUGAGCAGUGAAAGUUGUAGCAGUUUUAGUCGUCUCUCCUUCGAACUCCCAACUUCUAAAUCUUCCCCAGAUAACAUAACUCUCAAGCCUCACCGUUCUUCUGACUUCGCCUACUCAGCAAUCCGUUCAGCGACUUCUGCCCGAAAAGCCGGCCUCACUUUCCGAGAUUUCGCUCUGCUCCGCCGCAUCGGAACAGGAGAUAUCGGAACAGUCUAUCUCUGCCGACUCAACCACUCUGAGAUUAUUGACAGUGGAGAUGAUGAGCAGUGUUUGUAUGCGAUGAAGGUGGUGAAUAAAGGGGCAUUGGCUAUGAAGAAAAAAGUUGAGAGAGCUGAAAUGGAGAAGAAGAUCUUGAAAAUGUUAGACCAUCCAUUUUUGCCUAGUCUUUACGCUGAAUUUGAAGCCUCUCAUUUCUCUUGUAUUGUCAUGGAGUUUUGUUCCGGUGGCGACUUGCAUUCUCUUAGACAUAAACAACCUCUCAAAAGAUUCUCUUUGACUUCUGCAAGGUUUUAUGCUGCGGAAGUUUUGGUGGCUCUUGAGUACCUUCACAUGCUCGGAAUAAUCUACAGAGACCUGAAACCUGAAAAUGUUUUAGUUAGAUCGGACGGUCAUAUCAUGCUCUCAGAUUUUGAUCUCUCUUUAUGCUCAGAUGCCAUUCCAGCCGUUGAAUUUCCAUCCUAUUGUCCUGAUCCGGCUUCUCCACAAUCUCAAACCUACGCACGUCAACACUUCAGUAAUACCCUUAAGCGCUUCUCCUGUUUUUUUAACCGGCUAUUACGGUCUAGAAAGAUCCCAACAUUAAACCCUAAUCGGCUCUUCGUUGCCGAACCGGUCACCGCCCGGUCAUGCUCUUUCGUCGGAACCCACGAAUAUGUUUCACCUGAGGUUGCUUCUGGUGGGUCCCAUGGUAACGCUGUUGACUGGUGGGCGUUCGGCAUUUUUAUCUACGAGAUGAUUUAUGGCCGUACACCAUUUGCUGCUCCAUCAAAUGAAACUACACUGCGCAACAUAGUGAAGAAACCAUUAACGUUCCCAACCCACGUGCCUUCUUCGACAUUUGAGCUGCACGCGCGGGACUUGAUUUCCGGAUUGUUGAACAAGCACCCUAAUCAUCGACUGGGAUCGAAACGUGGAGCUGCCGACGUCAAAACGCACCCGUUUUUCAAAGGCCUUAACUUUGCUCUUGUACGGUCGCUAACGCCACCUGAUAUUCCGGGUCUUAGAAGACGGAAAACGACGCCGUUUCCCGAGGAAAAGAUUAAAAUACAAGCAACGGAUUUCGAUUACUUUUGAGUUGGACAAAGAAGAAUCAACCUUUGCCAGAUUUUGUAACUGGCUGGCUGGUGAUGAAUGUGUACAUGUUUUUUUUUUUUUUUUAACUUGGAUGCUUUUGAGAAUUAUAUAACCAAUUACGUAAAUAUUGUCAUUAAACAAUGAAAUUUAAAAUUUUAGUUAGAGAUAAA